AUGGGGUUCUUAGACAACGUGCAAGAGUCAUUUAAAAGCGUUUUAUAUUCACUCACUACAAACGAUCACUAUGCGGAGUAUUCCAGUAGACACACAGAACACAACAAGUCCACCACCAGCUUGAGAGCCAGUGUUAACAAUAGUAGCACCUCACUAGUUGAUUCACAGCGUUCUUCCAUUGCGUACCGCCCAGGGCUGAGGAGCCAGGUCACCAACAGUAACAUCCGGUUGCAGGACUAUGUCGAAGGACAGCCGCCUCUGCCAUCGGUGGCCGAGAUCUGGGAAAGGCUUGACAAUUGGUUGGAGAGGGAGUAUCCUGAACUUGGUGAAAACCUGGAUGGAGGCGCAACAAGCAGCGACUUGAACCAGUUUGAGCACGAUCUGGACGUGAAUUUGCCUCUGGAUGUCAGAGAAAGUUACCAAAUUCAUGACGGUCAAUUGUCUCAUGCCAAGCGUGUCGGGUUGAUCUUUGGUCUUACGCUUCUUUCGCUGGACCGCGUUAACGAGGAAUCGACUAUAUGGAGAAAUGUCGCAAAGAAAGUAGACACGUUGAAGGAUAAAGGGUUCGUCAACAGACAAAGCAGUAUUCCGGCCGGUUCAGUACAACCGGUGUAUUCGCACGAUCACUGGAUCCCAGUUGCCAAGGACUAUGCAGGUAACAACAUUGCCGUUGAUUUGGCCCCAGGCCCAACUGGAAAAUGGGGGCAGAUCAUAUUGUUCGGAAGAGAUUUUGACACCAAAUAUGUAAUUGCCCAGUCAUGGACAGAGUUUUUGCUAGCUGUUGUUGAGGACCUGGAAGAGGGAAAAUUUUUGAUCGAUGAGAUCGAUGAAUCAUUGAUGUUCUACGAGAAGGGCCGCACUGUGGAGUAUUUACGAGUGCUUGUUUACAGAGCAAUGUCCAAGGAUAGAAAAGCUAAGCACGAACAGCAGAAGAAGGAAAGUCUAAGGUCUCCUGCAAUGGAGUCCAUCGAAUCUAUUGUAGAGGUUCCAUCUCAAGUAGUCGAAAAAGCAGACGCGGGAGCAAAAGUGCAAUCUGAAGAUAAAACGGAGACUGAGCUGAAUGCUGAUAGUACAGAGACCAAGCCUAAGUCCACAGGUGUUGAAUCAGCCCAGCCAAUAACUGCGACAGCCACAGAGGAAAUACAAGAGCCAUCGCUUACCACAACUGCACCGGAGCCAGAACCUGAACCGGAAGUUGAACCAGAAUCUUCAAGCAGUCAAGUCUCCAGUACAGAAACAGUUACUCCGGUAGAAAGAGCGCCCGCAGAAAAGGAGCCUUCUACGGAAGUAAAGGCCACUGAUAAAACAGAAUCCCUCAAAGAUAUUUCCCUAUCAUAG